AAGCAAACUGCUGGGAAAGAGAGAAAGCCUUUUUUUUAUUUUGCCGUCGAUGUCAGGCCCAGACUUUGCCUCUGAGUGGCUUUGUGUUCUCAGUCGGGUGGGGAGAGACUCCAUUGCUCUUUUUUUGGAGGGGGAGGGGGGUCUGCAGGUUUCGGAGCUCGCGGGGAGAAGUCUUGCGAAGGAGUUUUCGGACAAGGCUCGCCAGUUUCUUGAAGGAAUAGGGAAAGCAGAGAGGCAGAGACACGGAAGAAAUGCAGAACGCGUCGCUUCUCCUCUUGACGCCUUUGGGCGCGGUAGAACUUUUUCAACAAUUUCCGAGACAAGUUUCCGAGUCGAUAGACGCAGAUGACCCGAGCCAAGUGGCAGAGUCGUUUUCUGAGAGAAUUCAGGUGCAGCAUGGCCUUCUUUCUUUCUUUUUUUCUUUCUUUUUUUCUUUCUUCGCAUCUCUUAUUUCGGCUGAGGAAACUCUUCGGGUUUGAAGGGCUGCACUGCAAGCAAAGCCAGUUAAAAAGACCUACACAUGGAUACCUAUAGGGAUGCAGGCACACAUGUAAAUUCGAAAGUCUUUGAAGAAACAUAUAUACAUGGACAUGAAAUCAAAGAUGCGUCCUUCGAGGUUCACACGCAUCCCGAUCUGCCUAUUUUGAGUUGGAAACAGAUCUGUUUCUGCGCAUUUCGGAGACUCUUGCUAAAAGAUGACAAAAGGCCAUUGGGAGAGCCCUCGAGAAAACGGGUGGUGCCUCCACAGGCCUCGCGUCGGCCGUUUUCUCCCCUUCGUUCCAUGUCCUUGUCGAUAUAGUCUACCUGUUCCCUGUUUCUCGGUCUCAACGUCCCUCUUUCGCUGUUUGAAGAGCUCUGUCCUUCUGUCAGCCGCCCUCGUUAUCUAUGUUCGUCGGACUUCUCUCUGUCUUCCAUUCUCUGUCUCCGUAUUUCUCUAUUUCUCGCUUUCACCACUCCUCUCAGCUCCUCGAUCUAAAAUUCUCUCCCGUUCCUUCUCUCUGUCUCCUUCCUUUUCUCGCUGUCUCUCCGUCUCUCCUUUCCUCUGUGUCUGCUUUUCCCUCUGCCUUCCUUUCUCUCUGUCUCGCGUUUCUUUUUUUCGUCCUUCCACGUUGCUUUCUUUCGCUUUUUCUCUUCUUCGUUCUUCUUCUCUUGUCUGUUUUUCUCCGCUCUGCUAUUGGCCUCCUCCUUUUCCCCGUGCCGCUUUCCCCGCUAGCCGGCUCGGUGGAGACAGGGGGGGCCGGGGGAGGUCACAAGCUGUGCGGUUCCCCGGUGUCUCUCUGCAUGCGCUCACAUGCGGUCAAGACAGCCGAAGAGAAAGGCGACCUCUGUGUCUGCAGCUUCUUCGAGUAGUCAGUAUUUUUCGCGAUUUUUCCUUUUUUUCCAACGCUGGAAACGCAGAAAGUUCCACCGUCGCGCAUGCGGAGACACUCUCGCCCUCGGGAGGGGAGGGUUGUAGAGGCCUGCAGCGGAGAUCGAAAAAGCUUUUUUUCUGGGAAAAUGAAGGCCUCCUUAGAGCGAAACGCAGGGCAUGAGAAAGACACAAAGGAGAGACAGUUGAAAAACACAGGCAGCUGCUUCUCUCCUGCGGGUGCUUCGCCGCCGCUGUCUUCACAGCCCUCCUCUCCCGAGACAACUUCUUCUCUCUCUUCUUCUUCUCGCUCUUCUUCUUCUCGCUCUUCUUCUCCUCGCUCUUCUUCUUCUUCUCGCUCUUCUUCUUCUUCUCGCUCUUCUUCUUCUCGCUCUUCUUCUCGCUCUUCUUCUUCUCGCUCUUCUUCUCGCUCUUCUUCCUCUUCUUGGUCUUCUACGUUGUGUCGUUCGUCUUCCUCACUUCUUUCUUCUUGUCCUUCUUCUCCUCAUUCUCUCUCUUCUUCUCGUUCUUCUCCUCUCUCUUCUUCUUCCUCCCUUUCUUAUUCUCGUCACAGGAUCUCUUUCCUUCAUAGGUCUGUUUCUUGUCGUCCUCUUCCGUCUGCAAGGCGCUGUGCUCCUGCAAGGCAAUCGAAAGAUGUUUUCUCCUCCAGUCUGGUUUUUGUCCUCUUCACUCUCUCUGCUGUCUCCUUCCCGGCAGAAGCGGUUUGGAUCCCUCGGAGCUGCUCGUUGCUGUCCCCCCAUGCUCCCUCCUCUUCUGAUCUCUCGGCUUUCUGCGUUCCCCAAAGUGUCAAUCGAAAUCUGCUCACGACUCUCCCGGCCUUCUUACCGCCGCUGAAGCUGCCCAAGUCCCCCCUGUUUCCCCCACCCUUCUCACAUUCUCUCUCUUCCUCUCCCUCGCUCUCUUCUCUGUCUUCUUCUCUUUCUUCUCGUUCGUCUUCCUUCGAUCCAGCUCUUCUCCCCUCGUCUUCACCUCCAGUUCCAUCCGCGUCGUCAGGAUCCACGUCUCUACUCUCUCUGCCUUCCCCUGCUGUCUACGCCUCUCUUCCCUCAUACGCUUUCUCUGCCUUUUCUCCUUCUUCUUCUCCUUCUUCUCCUUCUCCUUCUUCUUCUCCUUCUUCUUCGCGCUCUUUCGCCUCGCCCUCCUCCGCGUACACUUCAGACUCCAUUCGCGUUCUGGAAGGCCUCGAGCCUGUGCGCAUGCGUCCUGGCAUGUACAUCGGAAGCACAGACUCAGAAGGUCUGCAUCACCUCGUAUGGGAGGCGAUCGACAACGCAGUGGACGAAGUCGAGAACGGCGACUGCCGCCGCAUCGUCGUCGUUCUCCACGCAGACCGACGGAGUGUGACCGUUGCGGACGACGGCAGAGGCAUCCCUUGCGACGUCCAUCCCCAGACAGGCCUCUCUGCGUUAGAGACAGUCUUCACAAAAUUACAUGCAGGCGGUAAAUUUUCUCCGGCCUCGCAAACUGGGGCCAGCAGCUACGCAUUUGCCGGAGGUCUUCACGGCGUCGGCAGUUCGGUGGUCAACGCGCUGUCGUCGCAGCUUCGCGUCUCGGUGCUGCGCGAUGGAAAGCUGCAUGCGAUCUCCUUCAGUCGAGGGCAGGUCGUUUCUCCUUUGACUGUUCAAACGUCGCCUUCUCUCUCGCGCGGAAACUCGGCGCCCGUCGGAGAUCCACGACCGCGAGAGACGCCGAACGAAGGAGCGAAGGCGGAGAGCGAGGGAGACGCGUUUGCUGUUCUUCCAGAGGGGAACGUGGAGGCGCAGAUGCGAGCCGUGGAAGACUACGUCUGUCGGUUCGCGUCUUCUUCUGUUUCGCCUUUCUCUCGUCUGUUCCAGUUUCCUUCCUCGGAGUCGCAGCGUCCUCCGUCGAGUGGUACUUGCCUCACCUUCGAAGUCGACAGAGAAAUCUUCGGAGACGCGCUGCUCGAUGGAAGGAAAAUCGAGCAACGCCUGAGAGCCUUGGCCUACCUCCACCCCACAGCCUCGUUCCGGUUCCUUGAGAUGCCCAGGAGAAGGAGAGAAGGGAUGCAGACGGAGGAAGAAGCGUCGCAGAGACUCGACUCUCACGCUCGCGUUGAGUCUUUUCCGCGAAUGUCCCUCCAAGUUUCGAAUGAAAAUCCUGAAAACCUGAGUUUUCGCGAGACAAAACGAAACAAGGAGGAGCUCGUGAGAGCGGUGGAGUCUGCACAACCGACAGAGACAGAACAUGGAGAAAAUGAGACAGAAGGACAGACAGCAGCUCGUACUGUGCUGUUUCGAGAGCCUGGAGGCUUGGAUUCCUACAUCCGCCAUCUUUCGGCGAAUCUCACUGAACUCUUUUCAGACGCGCCGGUCAUCAGCAUCAACGGAUCUCACCCAAGUUCUGGCCUCCUUCUCUCUGUUCGUCUCUUCUUCUCCUCUCCUUCUUCCUCUCCUUCUUCUUCCUCUGCUUCUUCCUCUUCCUCUGCUUCUUCCUCUGCUUCUUCCUCUUCGUCUGCUUCCUCUCUUUCUUCCUCUGAUUCCUCUGCUUCUGCCUCUUUGUGUUCUUCUAGUUCGGCUGCCGCGUCUCCUCUGUCUCCUUCGUCGGUCUCUUCCUCGGAUUUUUUCCUUUCCUUCGUUAACAGCAUUCCGACGCCUGAAGGCGGCGUGCAUGUGGAGGGGAUUCGCGCGGCGCUCUCGCGGGCGGUGCAGCGGCUUUUGCGUCUCUCCGACUCGCGGUCUUCGACGUUUUCAAAGUCUCCGUCAACUUCGCUGUCUUCUCUGAGCAAGAGGGACGGCAAGCGAGGGAAAGGCGCUCCUGGGGAGCCUCAAAAUUCUCAUGAAAAGAGUCUCAACAUCCCGGGAGAAUUCCUGCGCGAAGGCCUCGUCGGAGUCGUGAGCCUCAAGAUGCGCGAGGCCGAGUUCGAGGGUCAGACCAAGAAGAAACUGGGGAACAAGAAAGUCAGAGGAAUCGUCGAGGAGCUCGUGACAGAUGCCCUUCUCAACUACUUCGAAAGACAUCCUCAAAACCUCCAAAAACUUCUGCAGAAGGCAACCGCCGCGCGCGCCGCAGCAGCCGCUGCCAAGGCCGCUCGUGACUUUGCUCGGGCCAAACAACAGUCGAGUUCUCUCCACCUGACGCUUCUUCCAGGCAAGCUGUCAGACUGCAGCCCGACGAAUGCACGGGAGAGACUCUCGAAGGAGCUUUUCAUCGUCGAGGGCGAAAGCGCUGCGGGGAGUGCCAAGCAGGCUCGAGACCGCCGCACACAGGCGAUUCUGCCGUUGCGAGGAAAGAUUUUGAAUGUGGAGAAGUUGGGCAACUUCGCGAGAAUUUUCGAAAACGAAGAACUGAAGGCUCUCGUUGCGGCGCUUGGCAUAUCCGUGACGAAGGCGGGAGAAGUCAGCGCGGAUUUGGAAGGCCUGAGGUGAGCGGGGGUCGGCCGAUGCAAAUGGUUAUUGAAGAGAAGCAGUCAGAAACAUCGGGUCUUGGUUCUCGUCACUUUUUCCAAAUGCAUGCACCAGCCGAGGCUGCAAAGGCCUCACCAAAAAGAUUUCCGGUUUGGGUGCGCGUUCCCAUGUGUCUGGUUUUGUGGAUUGACUUCGAUCUCUCCUCACUUGGAUAUGCGCCGACGUCGUCCGCGCUUCUCUCUCGAUCUGCGCAACUGCAGACGCAGAGACGUAGACAACCAUUUCCACAAGGACGCCGACCUGUGUCGGAUCGAAAACAUUUCUCUUCGUUUUCUGGUGCUGCGUGAGAUUCAAGCGAAAGGAUGAGUCUGCUGUGUGCCAGAGUGUGUGUAAGGCGAGGUUCUCUUUUGCGCCCCUGCGCGCUGUUUCCAGGUAUUCCCGCGUCAUCAUCUUGACGGAUGCAGACGUAGACGGCGCACACGUUCGCAGCCUGCUGCUGACGUUCUUCUUCCGUCUGCAGCCGGAGUUGUUUCGUCAGGGUCGCAUCUUCGUCGCAUGUCCUCCUCUCUUCAAAAUUGCCCACUUCCCUGUGCCCCACAAACUUCUGCAAGACGCGACUGCCGCGUUCAGAAAACGCCCUUGCUCUCGAGCAACUUCUGCCGUUCCCGACGAAGCGAGGGCAGUCCACGACGCGCACAACGACGAAGAAGAGCGAGGAGACGAAAGCGACGACGAGGCCGGUCGGGGGGGGGGGAAGCGUCUGGCGACAGAGACGUACGUUUGGAGCGACGAGGAGGUGAAGCGCGUUUUCGAGGUCCUCCGCAUGCACAGAGAAAGUCGGAAAAAGGAGCAGAGAGGCCCCGGCAAACGCAUGCGCGGAGUCGCCGCAGGCGCCGUCCUCUCUGGAGGAGAGAAGCCUGAACACACAGCGAGAGAACCAGACAGAGACGAUGGGAGAGACGGAGAGAGAGAAGGAGAGCAAGACCAAGAAGAGGGAGAAGAACGGCGAAGUAGCGACAAGACAGUCCCGGGGCUUCUGGAGGGCGAAGCUGACGAGCAGUUGAGUUUGCCGGGGGUGACUCUGCAGCGGUUUAAAGGCCUGGGAGAAAUGCAGCCUGAGCAACUGAGGAGAACGACGAUGAGUCCUGUAACUCGCAUUCUGAAGAAAAUCUCUGUCGCAGAUGCCGAGGCGGCGGAGGCAGCGGUGGCGAGUCUGAUGGGCGACGACGUAGACGCACGGAAGAAAAUCAUCUUUGAGGCGAACCGCGACGUCUUUGUGGAAGAGCUGGAUGUUUAGGGUGAAAGGUCAACACCAGAGAGACGUCGAAGCCGCGGACGGCGAAAGGUCCUGAAGAGGAACACUGAAGGAGAAACAGGAGAAGGGAAAGCAGCGAGAGAAGAACCGAGUGGAGAGCAAGGAGAGAGGAGAGCAAGAAGGAGAGAGCAGAGAACGCAGAAGAGAGGAGAGAAAGGAGAAGAGAGGAGAGAAAGGAGAAGAGAUGAGAGAAAGAAGAAGAGAUGAGAGAAGCGAGCGAAGUUCGCUCUCUCUCCUAUGCGUGUCUUUGUGUCCUUGAGUUCGCGUUUUGAGAGUCGAAGAGUGUAAAUUCGAGCUUCCGUUGCUCCCAGAUCAGGGGACGUAGUCGGAGGUGAGAGGUAAUAAUUUAUGUAGGGAGUCUUUUCACUGUGUUUCGUUGGCGUUUUUUCACAAGCUGUCUGUACAGCUGGCCGCGUGCGCGAGAGAGAGCAGUGCAGCGCCGUGUCUCGGCAUGUUUUGCAUGAAAAAAAGUCGAUUUUUUCUCCAGCUCAGGAAAAACUUUCUUUCCUCGCUCGAGGUUUGUUCGAGACCGAAUUCAGGACUCAACUGCCCGUGAGACUUGUGGCGACUUGGCGAUUUGAAUCCAAUUUUUUUUAACUAUCCGA